ACACAAGCACUGCAUCGUCUGUCACACCGUCGUUCGCUUUUGGCGUUCUCAGUUUUGUAGGACCGCGAAAAACUUUAAAAUGUGUGUGUGCGCGUGUCAACGUGGCAUACGUAAACCCUAAUUUUCUUUUAGCUUUCUGGACCUCCAUUUAAGACCACGGGACCACACCUUCUUUUUCUUCCCCAUUUCGAUCCACUGCAUAAGACUAACCCUCAAGACACCCAACUUGGCACACCCGAUUUAGCCAUCAAAAUGACACGGCCACCCUCAGACGCUGAGAUCCUGGAGAGCCUGACGCCUCAACAGAUGACCAUGUACCAUUGGUACAUUGAGAAUCUGAGCUCGUUCCAGUACGUGUUCGACACGCGUUCUAUCUUCGCGGCAAAGUGGUCAGGGCCUGGCGAAAUCGAGCAGUGGUACGAGUUCUAUCGCAAAUGGAUCGGUCGGCACAGUGCUCGUCUGGAGUAUCCCGUGCCCCCAAACGAGUUUGUGGACAUGAUCCGGAAAACCAACUUCGCCAACGAGGGUUCCUCGGCCGAGUUCCUAUUCUCAAUGGAAAUGCUCAACAACCCGUUCCUUAUCUUGGGCGAGAGCGAGUUCGGCGGUGUCUGCACCGGGUUUGGUCUCCAGCCUGGCCCUGCUUAUCUAUGCCCCAAUCUCGACACUAUGGAUGAAAUAUCUACCGACAGAUAUUUGCUUGGGAUCAAUACCAAUGUCAACGUCGAUUACACAUCCACACCGACCGAUUCGCGCAGCAGCCCGAAGAAACGUCGACAAGAACGAAGCUCUGGAGAAGACUCCACCCGUUCUACAACCUCAGAAGACUUUGACGUUGGCAAUGGAUUCGUCUUUGCGCAGGUUGGCGCACUCUAUCAUUUUGCAGGCCCCAACUGGAAGGAGACGGAGCCUAAUAUGGUCAUCAAGGGGCCUUGGAAGCCGACUGGAUUUGGCGUCGUCGUUCAAGUUGACGAGCGUGGACGCCCAGGCUCGGUUUAUAUCAUCUUCAAUUUCUAUGAGUGGGAUGACGAAUCGGGCGACCGCAAGCACACCGCGGUUACCGACGAAAGCGGCAAAGUGCUGCCUGAGAUUGGCCGCCUUCACGAGAAGUGUACCAAGACCUUCACCGUUGCUAAGAUUGCCAACAGCCUCAAGGAUCUUGGUCCCGAUAAGAGAUUCGAAAUCACUCCUUUGCAUUCCAUAGAGUGCCAGAUUGUGCGAGCCAAGGUUUGGUCCGUCGGCCAGGGGCGAUAUCUCCUACGCCAGUUUAUUCGGAAGGACGACUGAGACGGAUAGGCUGCGAUUCAUGAAACAAAGGAGAGCGAAAAGCGCGGCAAGAGGCGGGGAGCAGGGUUGCUGUUCUGGUUGUGGUUGGGAUGGAUUUGGUGAGGGAAAACUGGUGUUAUUCUGAGAAUGAAAUGAGAUUAGUGAACCUACCCCAACUGCCUCC